UGCUGACAGGUUUUUGAUUCUGCCUGUUUCCGCUUCCUGUUGGCUAUGGAAGUGGUUUUCUACUGAACGGGAAUGAUUUAUGUGUCGGUAUUACAUUUCUCCCCUUCAUGCACGGAUUUUAACAAAUUCAUUUUUCUCUAUGAUUUGAUUAGGCGCUCUUGCACAUGUGUUUGUGUCUGACUUUUAAAGUGAGAGUCGUCAUCGCUAUGAUACCUGAUAGUUACGGCAAAUAUCGUAGCUAGUUAACCGAUUGCUAGCUUAGUGCUAGCUUUUUAAACUGGAUGUAAACAAAGUUAGCCAGCUACGGUUGAUAUCAGUUGACACCUUUACAACGGCCAGGUACUCCAAAACAAAAGAUAGCUAGCUUAACUAAAGAUUUAAGGUAGUGGACCGUAUUUGUUUAGCAAGUGUAACGUUAACUAGAUAGUAGGGUUGCAGGCCUUGGUGACAUUAACGAACGUUAGCAAUCGAAAAGCUGCCAAAUGGAUAAAGAGGAGGCGGAUCGGUUGAUAGAGAAGGCGAAGCUGUGCCUGCGGUCAGCACGGAAAGAAAAAGCCCUACAGCUGUUGUACGAAGCCCAGAAAAUAUACCCCAGUACUCGGGCCAGAGUGUUGAUUGAUGCUAUAGUGCGGAAUGGGAGCUCUGCCGCUCCAGAGGAUUCCCCCAUACCCGCACCGCGUGGCUUUCGAUCCAAUGAAGUGGACGGGAAUCGAGAGGAAUUCCGCAGAGGAGCAGGUGAGGAGAAGAAGACCUACACUGAGGAUCAGCGCCAGGGGGUUUUAAGAAUAAAGAAAUGCAAGGACUUCUACGAGAUCCUUGGCGUUCCUAAAGACGCUAGCGAUGAAGAUCUGAAGAAAGCAUACAGGAAGCUGGCGCUGAAGUUCCACCCUGACAAGAAUUGUGCCCCCGGAGCCACAGAUGCAUUUAAAGCCAUAGGCAACGCAUAUGCAGUGCUGAGCAACGCCGAGAAGCGGCAUCAGUACGACCAGUACGGAGAGCAGGCUCCGUCAGAGAGCGCCGCCCAGCCCUCGGCACACGCUCGGCACUACCGCAACUUUAACAGGGACUUUGAGGCAGACAUCUCCCCCGAAGAACUCUUUAAUAUCUUCUUCGGAGGAAGGUUUCCCACAGGCAACAUCCAUGUCUACACCAACCGAGGGGCCACCUACUCCAACUUCUACCAGCCCCGGCGGCGGCGCGCGUACGAGAGGCGUGAGGAGGAGGUGGACGAGAACCGCACUCAGCAGAAUACGUUCACAGCUUUCCUACAGCUUCUCCCGGUCCUGGUUCUGAUCCUCAUAUCUGUGGUGACCCAGCUGAUGGCCACCAACCCCCCCUACAGCCUGUUCUAUAAACCGGCCAUGGGGUUGGUGGUGUCCCGGGAGACCCAGAACAUGGGCGUGCCCUACUAUGUGGACAAGGGCUUCCAGAAGGAGUACCGCGGGGAGUCCCUGGACGAGCUGGAGAAGACCAUAGAGAGUGACUACAUCGAACACCUGCAGAGCAGCUGCUGGAAGGAGAAACAGCAGAAGUCGGACCUGGCGAACCUCGCGCAGCUGUACCGCGACGACAGGCUCAAGGCGAAAGCGGAAUCACUGAAGCUGGACAACUGCGACAAGCUGUACCGCUUCAUGGGCCGUCAGAGAGGAGAGUGACGGGUUUCAGAAAGGAGGAGAGGGAGUUGUCCCGUUUCAGCCGGGAAUACUACACUUUUACUAAUUUCUGUUGUAUUUAUUUAAUUUAUUCAAAUCAGGUCACCUAUUUGGUAGAGUUGUCUGACUUGUCUCGGAGCAGAGCACAGUGGCAGCCAAAGCCGUCUUCAACUACAAAACAUUGUGCCUUCUCUCCUCUGGGGGGGAGGGUAAAGGUGGAUGUGCAUGUACUGUAAGCUGCCAUCCCCUGGCCGGUGUAGAUGACAGCAUUAAGGUCAGCGGGCUCCGGCCCUGUCAUGUCCAUGUACAGAAGCCUCGUUUUUAACUUCCUUACAUUAAGGAACACGGCCAUGUUUACACCAUUAGAGACUGUGGUUGUGGGUUCACGCGUACACUCUGUAAGACACCCGUUUAAAAAGAAGUUUAGCGAUGAUGGCCGGUUACUCCUUUCCAUGGUUGUUUCCGUAGUGCGAGUGUGUGGAGGACGUCUUGGGAAAGGGCGUUUAGUUGUAAAGAAAAACGUCACGGACCCAAAAGCCACUGUCGGACUCCUAGAAAAGGUGUGAAGACAGAGGUGAACAAUGGGAGAGCUGGUGUUUGGAAAGGCAAAAAGAAAUAGAUUUGUUGUGCCUGCUCAUUAGAUAAAGGCAAGAGCUAUCUCUCUAGUACAUUAGAGACACGUUUUAACCGCUGAUCUGUUUUGUGAGGACUGAAAAACAUUUGGUCCCCCCCCCCCCCCCAUUUGCUGUGCAUCAAGCCCUUGCCAAACAGUGUUGCUUUAGUUGUAUUUAUUGACUUGGUUGUUCUGGUUGGUUCUGAAGCACUUUUCGAUGCUGUUCUAUUGGGAACCUGCCGUCCUAAGUUCCUGUUCCCUGAUGCAUGCGGCCCAGUACUAGGUUCUGUGUUGUGGCCUCCUUCUCCACCAGCUCCGUGAAACCUCUGGAGCUCAGCGGUUACAACGCAGCUUUCUGUAAAGGACAAUUUAGAGCAAUCCGCACAUCCUGCCCAUUCACGUAAUGCACUGUUACUUUGCUGAAGAGCCUACCCACACUACCAUUUCUCCAAAUUAAUUUGUUACAUGGUCGUUUCCUCUCCUAAUGCUUCCCAAUCCCAACUCCGGCAGAUGGAGGGUUAAGCGGCCACACUGAAUGGGUCUUGGAGCUGGGAAUGGCCACGGUGCAGACUGGACACCUCUCGGUUCAAGUCUGGUGUUCGCUUGAUUUUUGCUGCCAGAGCAGGUUUAAUAAAAAGUUGAACAAUCCA